UUUAAGGAGACCAGAGACGUCGCCAUGUCGGCCACGGGUCCUAUAAGCAAUUAUUACGUGGAUUCUUUGAUAAAUCACGAAACCGAGGACGUACUGGCGGCGCGGUUUUCAGCGCCGGAGAUGCUUCACCCCGGCUCGCGUCCGUCGCCCCUCGUUGCAGAGUGCUCAGAUUUUCCUUCGUGCAGCUUUGCACCAAAAACCACCGUCUUCACCUCGUCCUGGGGACCCGUGCAUUCCCAGUCAUCAGUGGUAUACCAUCCCUACGCCCACCAGCCACAUUUAGGCGCAGAACCGAGGUACGUGCGCUCGUGGAUUGAGCCAAUCUCAGGGGCUGUGUCUUUCCCAGGCUACCCGAGCAACAGCAGACACUAUGGACUCAAGUCUGAUGGUCUCCCAGAGCUCAGAGCCGGCGAAUGCAUUGCCGCUAACGGACGCGCCUACUCGGACUAUUGUUAUAGCCCGUCUGAGGAUCCAAGAGAAAAGACUCUACAGUCUAUCAACUCUUCUCUGGACUCGGAUGCGCUGUUCUCCGACAAGCUUAAGGAGGAUAAACCCGAGUUAGAUCCAAAUAACCCAGUGGCCAAUUGGAUACAUGCGCGGUCAACGAGAAAGAAACGCUGCCCCUACACUAAAUACCAAACUCUAGAACUGGAAAAAGAGUUUUUAUUCAACAUGUACCUUACAAGGGACCGCCGGUACGAAGUGGCGCGCGUCCUAAAUCUGACAGAGCGACAGGUCAAAAUUUGGUUUCAAAAUCGACGCAUGAAAAUGAAGAAAAUGAAUAAAGAGAAGGGUGAAAGCAACGAGUAGUGAACGCGCUGUAGCCACGGAUCUGGAGGCGCUUCAUCAGCAACUGGACAUGAAGGCCAUCUGAACCUCUUUUUGGUGGAAGCGUGCUGCUUAGGCCUAGACACCCACCAUCCACCCUAACACUUCGGCGCGGACACUAACUCUAUAAUCUCGUGGUAUAGUGAGCUUGGAGUCUGUACAUAGCCUGUUGCUCUUUUUUUUCAUAUUGUACAGUUGAAGAAGUGUAACCAGUGAGAAUUUCUCUGUGGACGACCGACUAGCUAGAGUUACAUGUAGCCUACACACGUCGCUAUUUAAAGAACUGUAUUUUUCUAGGUGUUGUAUCUUUCAUGCUAUACAUUGUCAAUAUUUUGUACGAGAAAAAAAAAAACUGAAAAUCUCUAAAGAAACCUUAAAUAAUAGAACUGCUUUUGUCUCUUUGGUAAUAUAUUUUUAAACUAUACACUGAAUGUUAUUUUUGCCAUUCAGGCUGGACAUUUUCUUGGCUUAGCGGUUAGUAUAUAAGAUAUCCAGAAUAUAAGAAAUGUGUAGUGCAAUGUUAAAAAAUAAUUCAAAAUUCAGAUUCAGCAGAGUGCACAAUGUACACCCUUUAUUUGCUUGUCAUGGCACCACAGAUGGUGACCUAUUGCGUGUUGACGUGAAAGGAAUCGUGCCAUUUCCGAUAGCCUAUAGAGAUUAGACGCUGUAGAACGAUCUUUAUUAAAAGCAGCUGUGAUUUUGUUUAACAUCCCUUUCUUCCUGAUCAUGUCCAGGCUGGUUCUAGGCCCACUGAACAGGCUGCAAAUUCUCUGUGCCUUCAUUUUAUAUUGCAUCAUUAUUGUUUAGGAAUAGAAUCGCUAAAAAUCAGUUUUUGAAUGUAGAGGAAAGAGGCGUUUUGUUCAACUUCUUUCAGCUGAUAGGCCUUUUUAUGGACUUGUGUUAUUUUUAGUAUGGAUUUAGUUUUUCAGU